UCCAGUACAAGCAACUGUUCAACCACCGCUAGUGACCUUCAAGAUUCUAUCGCACUAGCCCCUGUCCAUCGGAUUGCACAAAUAAUGGAAGAAAUGUCUGGGGAACUGAUGUCUACACUGACGAUUCCUCCAUUUGCAAAGCUGCUAUCCAUGCUGGAAUACUCAGCAAUAAUGGAGGAUGGUUGACAGUGAAAAAAACACCUGGACAACAGAGUUACACUGGAUCAUCAAGGAAUGGAGUCAUAACAAACAAUUAUGGAUCUUUUUUCUGGAUCAUUUGUAUUCUGUGGUUCCUCAAAACCACCAACCCAAAAACCACCAGGUAGUUUCCUGUGAAAUACUACACAUAAAAGGAACCUGUUCAACUACUGCUAGAGACCUAAAAGAAUAUAUUACAAUGGUCCAAUGUCCAUCGGAUUCCUUAGUGAAUGGAUAGAAUGUGUUGGGAACUUAUAUCUAUACAGAGGAUUCUUCCAUUUGCAAAGCAGCUAUCCAUGCUGGAAUUUUGGAAAAUGAUGAAGGCCUAGUGGCAGUAAAGAAGAUACCUGGUCAAAGUAGAUACAGUGGAUCCACCAGGAAUGAAAUUAAAUCAAAUAACUACGGAGCCUUUUUCUGAGUCAUUUAUAUU